AUGACCGUCUUUCAACCACAACAACAACAACAACAACAACAACAACCAUCAUUAGACCUUCAAUUACCAAUGAUUCCAUUUGACAACAACUUCAAUCUGGAGAAUUAUAUGAAGAUCGAUGCAUAUGGUCGCAGAGUAUUCCCUCGCUUUCCAGCUUUGUGUCGCGAGCAGAUCGCACCUUAUCUUCAACAGUUCAUCAACAAGGAGAUAUCCAGAACAUUGGGCAAUCUACAAUUGAACAAGGAGACAUUCAAAGACAUAUUCCUCAUGGUCAUCAAUGGUGUAAUAUCCGAUGUUGAUGCACUCAUUACCUGCGUCAAACUCAAGUAUAACUUUAUAUUGAGUGCACAACAGGCUACUGCUGCGGCAGCAGUAGCCCAGAUACCUCAAGUUCAGGCACCUUUGGUACAAUCACAACCCCAACCUCAGGUAACACCUCCACCUCAAGUACAGACACCUCCACCUCAAGUUGUACAACCUCCUCCAGUGGACCAAGCUCAAACAAAGAUAACUACAGUUGCCACUCGUCCAUCCACUCCUCCUCCCACCCUCCCUCCACCAGAGGCGCCACGUGUUGAUUCGGAUAUGCCGCCAGAGCACCUCGUCGAGAGGAUACGCGGCCAAUUUGCACUGACACCAAACAGUCCUCCACACUUACGCAAGACCAUCAGCAACUUUGAGGAGUUGUUCAUGGCCAGAGUCAAUGACAAGCAGUUGAUACAACUGUUCAUCAGUGGCCUUCGCUUUCCAAAUCAGAUCGAGCAGAUAUCCAGGCACUACCCUGGUGGACACCGGCCAUCGACAUGGGCCAAGUUCAAGGAAUGCAUAUUCUUGGCCUACGACAGGAAUCCAGACACCUAUCCCGCCCAGUUUCUACUCAAACUCACCAAGGCCAAUGUCAAUGGACCUGGCACUCGUUACAACCACGAGUUCAUGGAGGCGUUGAAGCUGAACGAGUUGAGACCAAGUCCAUUUGUUAUCCGGCUAAUGUGGAGAUUCUUCCAGAGACUAUGA